GGACAGACGAGCUCGGUAGUCCCGCCCCUGGUUAUGCUGGACGACCACGACCCAGCGGCCCGCAAGGAUUUGAAACCGUUUGGCUGUGGCGGCAGGGCGGCGGCGGCCGAGUGGACGGCUUGCUUGUGGGGGCUGCAGAACAGAUUAUGGAAAUGGAAAAUGAAGAAGAAAAAUGGGAGAAACUGGAUGCAGAAUUUGAUCACUUUGUGGUAGAUAUGAAGCCUUUUGUUCUAAAAUUACCCCACAGGUCAGAACGGCAGAGGUGUGCUCUUUGGAUCAGAAAGCUGUGUGAGCCCUCGGGAACAGGUGCAGGACUCCUGGGUAGGAAGAAUCGGAACCUGUAUGCAAAGCUGUUACUGCACAUGCUUAGGCGAGGAGUCCUGGAAGGCCCUUUUACACACCGUCCUGAGCCAGGAACGCUAAAAACAUUACCAUCAUAUAUGUCCAUCUAUUUUGAUGAACCAAAUCCAUCACGACCAAAGGGUUCAAGCCCAGAGAAGUUACCAGACUGGGUGGUGGGCGAGCUGGAGCCAGGCGAACACAGACUGAGUGAGUCAUGGCAGUUUUCUUCUGGAGAAGACAGCACGGUGGUGCUGUCGGCAAGUGGUGUCCACAGUAGCGAGGAGUACAUUGGAAAGCUCCAAAUGAGGUCCCAUUCCAUGAGUCCAACUUACAGAGAAGAUAGACAACACAUUACUUCAAAGAUCUGUGAAGUUCAUUCAAAAAAAUCUCCUGUUUCUUUGGAUGACAGUGACAUUGAAGCUCGCCUGAAUAGUUGGAAUCUUGGGAUAGAAAAUCCUCGGUACCUGAGACAGAAGCCUCUCCCAGUUUCUCUGAUAACUCCAAAGGUCAGCCUGAGAAAGUCUAGCAGUCUUCAUGAUGAGCAUUUUCUCUCUCGAAUGCAUGAGAAAGAGUUGGACAUGAAAACAAAAAUGAUGGAAGCAAAGUUUUAUGAAGAAAAACUUAAGCUGCAACAGAAACAUGAUGCUGAUGUGCAGAAGAUUUUAGAAAGAAAGAAUAAUGAACUAGAAGAUUUGAAAAUCUUAUACAAAAAGAAACAAGCUGAAACUGAGGAAACGAUAAGAAAGCUUGAGAAGAAAGUUCAGAUCCUUAUACGUGAUUGUCAGGUUAUCAGAGAAACUAAAGAAAACCAGAUAACAGAACUGAAGAAGAUGUGUGAGCAAAGCACAGAGUCUCUGAAUAACGAUUGGGAAAAAAAGCUUCACAAUGCUGUAGCAGAAAUGGAAAAGGAAAAAUUUGAGCUUCAGAAGCGACAUACUGAGACUAUUCAGGAAUUGCUGGAGGAUACAAAUGUGCGGCUGAAUAAAAUGGAGGGUGACUACAUGGUGCAGACACAGUCCACGAACCACAUGAUCAAAGAACUGGAGGGCCGUGUCCAGCAGCUGACGGGGGAGGCAGAGAACAGCAAUUUACAAAGGCAGAAACUGGUUCAAGAAAAAAUGGAGCUUGAGCGAUGCUACCAGAUAACAUGUAGUGAACUCCAGGAGCUAAAGACAAGGCGUAACAUACUACAUAAAGAGAAAGAACAUCUGGCAAAUGAUUAUGAGCAAAAUGUGAAAUUAUUAAAAACCAAAUAUGAUUCCGACAUAAACCUUCUAAAACAAGAGCACGCGCUUUCAGCUUCUAAGACAUCUGGUGUAAUUGAAGAGUUAGAACAGAACAUCUGUCAGUUAAAACAGCAGGUCCAGGAGUCAGAGCAUCAGAGGAAACAGCAAGCAAAGGAUCAAGAAAAUAAGUUUCACAUGGAGAGGAAUCAUUUAAAACAUACCUAUGAGAAAAAGGUCCAUGAGUUGCAGAGUGAACUUGAUAAAGAGAAAGAAGAUGCUCAGAGGAAGAUCACUAAAUUUGAGGAAGCUUUGAAGGAGAAGGAGGAACAGCUCUGCCGUGUGACUGAGGUUCAGAGGUUGCAGGCCCAGCAGGCAGAUGCUGCCCUGGAGGAGUUUAAGCGGCAGGUAGAAGUGAACUCUGAGAAGGUCUAUGCGGAGAUGAAAGAGCAGAUGGAAAAGGUGGAAGCAGACCUAACUAGAUCCAAGUCUCUCCGCGAGAAGCAGUCCAAGGAGUUUCUGUGGCAGCUAGAAGACGUCAAGCAGAGAUAUGAGCAGCAGAUAGUAGAGCUGAAGCUGGAGCAUGAACAGGAGAAGACGCACCUAUUACAGCAGCAUAACGCAGAGAAGGAUAGCCUAGUCCGAGACCAUGAACGGGAAAUCGAAAACCUGGAGAAACAGCUUCGCGCUGCCAAUAUGGAGCACGAAAAUCAAAUUCAAGAGUCCAAGAAACGAGAUGCACAGAUUAUUGCUGACAUGGAGGCCCAGGUCCAUAAGUUGAGGGAAGAGCUGAUUAACGUGAACUCUCAGCGGAAACAGCAGCUCGUAGAACUUGGUCUUCUUCGAGAAGAAGAAAAGCAAAGGGCUGCAAGGGACCAUGAGACUGCUGUCAACAAACUGAAGGCUGAAUCAGAGAGGGUGAGAAUGGAGCUGAAAAAGACGCAUGCCGCAGAGACUGAGAUGACCCUGGAGAAGGCCAACAGCAGGCUGAAGCAGAUCGAGAAGGAAUACACUCAGAAGCUUUCCAAAUCUUCCCAGAUCAUAGCAGAACUUCAGACAACCAUUUCCUCUCUGAAAGAGGAGAGCAGUCGGCAGCAGCUCGCUGCAGAAAGGCGGCUCCAGGAUGUUGUACAAAAGUUUGAAGAUGAGAAGCAGCAGCUGAUUAGAGAUAAUGACCAAGCAAUCAAGGCUUUACAAGAGGAACUGGAAACCCGCUCUAAUCAGGUGCGGAGUGCAGAGAAGAAGCUGCAGCACAAAGAGCUGGAGGCACAGGAACAGAUAACAUACAUACGACAAGAAUAUGAAACCAAAUUCAAAGGGUUAAUGCCUGCAUCUCUGAGACAAGAACUUGAGGACACCAUUUCCUCCCUGAAGUCACAGGUCAACUUUCUGCAAAAGAGAGCAUCCAUCCUUCAAGAAGAGCUGACCACCUACCAAGGCAGAAGGUAACUGCAUGGGAGAGCAUGGCAGGUGAGAUUGUCUGAGCUGCACCAUGGACUUCGUCCAGCAGGUUUGAAGAUUUGGAUAUUGUGAACUGUGAGAUCAAUGACUUUUUUUAAUGCUUAAGUGUAAUUGAGAUCAUAAAAACAUGCAUCAUCCAUA